AUGGAUCGCAUUCCUGAGUUUGUGCUUAGUAUAGGCAAUGAUGUUGAUUGGGAAGAUGAAAGGAACUGCAUUCAGGCAGUUUCAGCUGCUCUAGGAAAUUUCUAUGCUAUGCAUCCACCGUUGUUGCCCAAUCCAUCUGGCGAGGGAAUGCUUUUCUACAAGAAGAGAAAACUGUUCGAUGGUUGUUCCCUGGAGAAUAUCUGUGAUAGUACUGAGAGUGAUGUUAUUGACAAUAAUGUUGAACAAGAACUGCUUUCUGAAGCUGAGACAGCAUGGGCUCAGCGUGAAUGGUCAAUACAACAUGUGCUUUUUCCAUCCAUGAGACUUUUUUUCAAACCACCUGCUUCUAUGGCUACUAAUGGAACAUUUGUUAAGGUAGCUUCAUUGGAAAAGCUAUACAAGAUUUUUGAAAGAUGCUAG